UCCGCCCCAACAUCCGCCGACCCCGUGUACUCUUUGUGCGUACGCACGUUCCGUAGAUCAGUCGGAGACGCGCACAGGCAUCAUGGCGGACGUUCUGGAUCUUCACGAAGCGGGAGGCGAGGACUUUCCUAUGGAUGAGGAUGGUGAUGAGAGCAUCCACAAACUGAAGGAGAAGGCCAAGAAGAGGAAAGGACGAGGCUUCGGCUCGGAGGAAGGAGCCAGGUCCAGAAUCAAAGAGGACUAUGAUACAGUGGAGCAGGAUGGGGACGAGCCAGGCCCUCAGAGAUCUGUGGAGGGAUGGAUCCUGUUUGUGACAGGUGUACAUGAAGAGGCUACUGAGGAAGACAUCCAUGACAAAUUUUCUGAGUUCGGAGAGAUUAAGAACCUUCACCUCAACCUUGACCGCAGAACAGGCUACCUCAAGGGGUAUGCACUGGUCGAAUAUGAGACGUACAAAGAGGCCCAGGCAGCAAUGGAAGGGCUCAACGCUCAGGACAUGAUGGGCCAGCCUAUCAGCGUCGACUGGGGAUUCGUCAGAGGGCCCCCCAAGAACAAGAGGAGGACUGGUGGACGGAGACGCAGCAGAAGCCCAGACAGGAGGCGGCGUUGAGUCAUUGGCCAGAGAGGGCGUCAUUCACCCUGUCCGGCAGUUUAUAAUCUUGUCAUCGUCUCAUUCGAAGCCAGUCUCAAAAAUGUUUGACAAUAUUUUUCCGUAACAGUUGUAUGGCAUGUAGUUGUGUGCUUCAUGUAGUGGGGUAAGGAGAUUGGGUAAGAGAUGGAAACCUAAAGAAUAAAGCUGUCUAAUAGCAUCAUUUGCAAUUUAUUGUAAAUUGUUGAUGCAUCUUAGCAAUGCAACAGACGGAAAUUCUUUUCAACCACAAUCCGUGAAACUCUGUUUUUACCUUCAACAGCCAGCUUGUAGGUUAAUCCAUGUUUGUGUUCACUUAAAAAAAAUUCUGUUUGCUCAUUGUUAUGUGCAUUUUAUUAUGCUGGAGUGUUUUGUUUUAUAUGACUUGGAGAAAAAUAAAAACCUUUUUUUAAAAGCCAAA